UAAGAAGAAAGCAAAUAAGGAAGGUUCUACUACAAGAGCUGAUGGUGUCAGGACUCCGAUGGUGGAGCUAAUUGUAGAUGAGCUUACUUAUAAUAAGGAUAUUUUCCACCCUUUUCUUCCGGUAUACGAUGAACCUAAAUGGAAGCUUGAAAUUGUUGUGCAAUACUUUUGGAAAUAUGUGGGAAAGCCUUCUGUCCGUACUCGUAGGUCUAAUGGUUCUGUAGAUGAUACAACAUUUAGUGGAGCAUUGAAGUGCUUUUCAGAUAUCACUGGCACAAAAAGCGCUGUUAAAAGAAUUGGGACUGAAGUAAUUCAGUUACUCUUAGUACAUGGAUUUCAGAUUGGAUGUAGCAGAGCAAAGUUGAGAGGUUACACGAUCUGCCUCUGGCCCAGUACUUCCAAGGUAUUAGAGGCUCAGCUUGACAGGAGCAUCAUCUAGAUCUUGUAAAUAUGUUCUCAACACCCUCAUGCAAACAUUUCAAAACAAGAGACUGGCUUAUGCUGUCAAGGAAAGCACUCUUGAUAGUCUAAUUACUGAGCUCCUUCUAUGGCUGUUGGAUGAGAGAGUUCCACUUAUGGAUGAUGGCAGCCAGCUUUUAAAAGCUUUGAAUGUUCUGAUGCUAAAGAUUCUGGAUAAUGCAGAUCGAACUUCAUCCUUUGUUGUUCUCAUCAAUCUCUUACGUCCAUUAGAUCCUUCAAGGUGGCCCUCACCUGCAUCAAAUGAGACAUUAGCUGUCAGAAAUCAGAAGUUCUCUGAUCUGGUUGUUAAAUGUUUGAUAAAACUUACAAAGGAAGGCAAUGUUGCCAACCAGAGGGAACAUCUAAUUCUUCUCCUUGCCAAUAUUCACAUUCAGAAAGCUAAUAAGCAGUCUGUCUUGAAGUUUUUGGUGGAUCCUACUCCAUUUUCUAGGAUCUUGCAGGCAAAGGACACCAAGUGAAUUAGAUAGAGAGGUUAAGAACUUGAGGGUGGCAUUUACUGACCUGUUUUUGAAGCAUAACACUUUCAAAGAAACUGCAAAGCCAUCGAGAUAUUGAUGCAAAGAAUGGAAGAAUGUAUUUCACUAAUUUUUGUAUACAUUUCUUGUUUUGUAUUUGGUGAUAAAGGAAUCUGAAUUGGGCAUAAAUUAUGUUGUAAUAUGAUUUCUUAAGCCUAGACUAGUAGACUAAAUAUUGUAAUUACAUUUGAGUAAUUAAUAAAAAUCUAUUUAUGUUA